AUGGAGCGUUUGUGCGAGCUGUUUUCCUGGUUGCUGAACAGAGUCCUUUGGCGCUCGGACCCCUUUGAGUGGGGAGCUGCCUGGCAGCCCCGGAACAUGGAAGAGAAAGCCCUAGAAGUUUAUGAUUUGAUUCAAACAAUCCGGCACCCAGAGAAACCCAAUACUUUAGAAGAACUGGAAGUAGUAACAGAAAGUUGUGUGGAAGUUCAAGAGAUUGGUGAAGAAGACUGUCUGGUUAUUAUCAGGUUCACGCCAACAGUACCUCAUGCCUCUUUAGCAACUCUUAUAGUUGGAAAUCUACAUUUUUAA